UCAAAUAUUAAUAGUACACAAAUCAAUACAAUAAAAUAAAAAAAAUCAAAUAAAAAAGUUGAAUACAAAUUAAUGUUAUUAAAUGAGAAACAUUGAAGUAAGAGGGAAAUCAAAUAAAAAAGUUUAAUAAAAAUUAAUGUUAUUAAAUGAGAAUAUUUGAAGUAAGAGGGAAAUGAGUUUAAUUUGGUUAUAAAAGAAUAAAACUUAUAUCAAAUAAGAUUUGAGUUUGAGACCUCUCAUUUAUUGAGCAACAUACUCACCAUAUAAACCACUUUCAUUUCUUGAUUACAUUUUGAAAGUCCUGCUUCUAUACAUAUUUGUUUAUUUAUCGAUUUUUCAAACACCCAAAUACGAGAAAUAUAUUGUCAUCUUUCGAGCCAAGGUGGGUACAGGGAACCACCCAAUUGCACUCUGGCUUCGCCCCUGGCUGGGAGGCAUUGGCCGGGUGGCGGGCGGGUUGUGCGCGGGUGACCUGCUCAACCAUAACAAAAAGAACAAAGUCGUUAGCGCGAGAGAGUGGAUAGUAGAGACGCUGACAGAAAAUAGGGCUACUUCUGGAGAUUGAAUCUCAAAACCAAUCUUUCAAAUCUCGACUUCCCUCUUCUUCUCUUUAUUUUUUACUCUGAUUCUUAUGCGCAAAUCACCUCUCUUUCCUCCGUUGAAUUAUUUUUCUUAGUUUCCUACACCCGAUAAUCAUCUCCAUCCGUAGAAAACUUCUUCAUAAUAGAAUUUCUAUCAAAUUUCAGAACUAAUUUGACAUUUUUUCCCCUAUUCCAACUUGUUUCCGCCCGAUAACCCUCCACCAAUUAUCUUGCCACUUGAAGUGAAUCUCAAAUUUGGAGGGUGAAUGGAUUAUUAUUUUACAUAUUGACAUUACACACAGGGAUUUGAAAUAUAAAUGGAUCAUGUCAAGUUGACUCGUUUAUAUUAUAUACAUGGCGCUCCAUCUCCCGAGAAGUUUCUACACUGAGGAUAGGAGUAAUUCCCCGUUGCUUCCAUCUCCUUGACUUCUGGGUGUCAGGGAUCGUGGUGUUGUGUGCAGCUCGGUGCCUUGUUUCUUCUGAUUUUCGCCCCAAUUUUGUUUUGGGUUUUUGUCGCCCUUGUUCUUUGUUGGUUGCUGGCGCCUUUUCUUCUGUUUCUUUUUCCUGUUUCUUCUGUUGUAUCCUUCUUCGCUUUCCUCUUGUAAGCUUAACUUAUUUCACCCUAAUAAAAAGAAAAAUAUUAUAUACAUGGCGCUGUGGUUGAACCCGCAAAUUCACCCGCAUUAGUCGCCAUCCACCCGACCCAACCCAAAACUAAAUAUGGUUAAGUGUGAAUUAAAAAUUGUCAAUCAGUUUAACUUCGAGUUGGUGCAUAUUAUGGUUAAAAUUCACCCGACCCACCCAUUGUCUACCCAACACUGGAAGGCGAGGGAGAUGACCCAAGAAAGAACAUUUUAUUGCCGAAUCGGUCCCCUAAAGCCCGUAUGAGUGUGUUCCAUUCGAGUGCGAGUCCGCGAGCCCAUAAAAAAACAGAGACCGGCCUAGUAAACCUCUUGGCCCAAUUUUCACGCGGGGACUGAUAUGUUGCAAUAUAAAACUUAAAAGGCCCAAAACCUUUUGCCAUCUCCACCUCUCGAAAGUCGAAAGUCGGGACCAAGUAGAACGGAACGAAGGGUUGCAACUUGGAACAAGCGGAACAGCUCCGCUAGGGUUUUCUUCUCUAUUUGCAUCUGCGAUUUCCUCAUCUCGCUCGGUAAUUCUCCCGAAAACUUGCUUGCGCUUUGCUGGCUCGCGAAGUUUUUGCAUCUUCCAUUCCGUAGCGCUUCAAGUUUUUCCGCGCAGUUGUUUUCUUUGAUCUGUUUUCCGCGUCGCCCUUCUGGGGGUUUGUCGAAAGGUGAAAUCUUUCGUGGGGAAGUUAGGAUCUUGUAGCUUCCCGUGAGGUUCAGGGGGCUGCUGUCUUCUGGGAAGAGUUUUCUGGAUGUGUGUUUGUGUUGUUGGUUUGUAGAUGUUGGGGUUCUGGGAUCUUCAGUUGCAGGUUUGUUUAACGGUUCGUUUUUUUCUUGUGUUGCAGAUUUCAUUGACGCAAUGUCUCGCGUUUACAUUGGUAAUUUGGACCCGCGGGUUAGUGAGCGUGAACUUGAGGACGAGUUCCGGAAAUUUGGCGUGAUCAGAAGUGUUUGGGUUGCCCGGCGUCCUCCAGGUUAUGCCUUUAUUGAAUUUGAUGACAAAAGGGAUGCUCAGGAUGCUAUUCAUGAGCUUGAUGGUAAAAAUGGCUGGAGAGUUGAGAUGUCCCACAACUCGAGAGGUGGUGGUGGUAGAGGUGGAGGUGAAGGUGGUAGAGGUGGAGGUGGUCGGUUUGGAGGUUCUGAUUUGAAGUGUUACGAGUGUGGAGAGCCAGGUCAUUUUGCACGCGAAUGCCGCUCGCGUGGUGGUUCAGGAAGAAGACGAAGCCCCAGUCCUAGAUACAGAAGGAGUCCCGUUUAUGGCCGAAGUCCUCGUGGUGGAAGAUCUCCCAGACGCCGUAGUGUUUCGCCCCGCCAACGCAGCUUCAGCAGGUCACCACCACCAUACCGUGGGCGUGAAGAGGCACCAGCCUAUGCCAAUGGCAAUGGUCUGAGGGACAGGCGCCGGAGCAGGAGUUAGAUAUCUUAAUAUCAAUAUCACAGCUUCUUUGAAGCUAGUUGGGUUAGACGUGUUUAUUGUGUUUGCGCUUCAUUACUACUGUGUUGGGGCUCUGCUUCUCAGACCUGGAUAAGUUUCCUUCCAACUUAUGUGUAUGUUUAACUCGUUUUAUUUGUUGAGCUGGAUUGUUCCUACUAGUGGUGCUAAAGACUUAUGAUUUUCCUUUCUGUUGAGGUUUCAUCUGCGCCUGCUUCAAAUCUUCGGUUGGUUUUGUGCUUCUUCAAUACCGGUUUCUUUCUCUGCUGCCCAUCUUCCGUUGGUUUUGUGCUUCUUCACUUCCGGUUUCAUUCUCUGCUGCCCCUGCAUUUGCGACCUUCAAUUUUCAUUCGGUGGGGUCCCUACUGCAUAUCUAGAUGCUUCUGCUUGAUUGAACUCUCCCGGCCAUGGUCUAGUUCUGUUUGAUUGAAAUCUCCUGCCUAUGAUGGUCCGCCCUCAAAUUCUAUCGGCAUUUCAUGUGUUUAACGUAAAAGUGGGCCUCCUUCAAACUCUUCUGGCAGGUACUUAUAUUUGUUCCCCGAAUUUGAAAGUUUAGAAGUAUCCAAGUUGAUGGUUUUAAGAUAUCAUAAAUAAGAUAAUCAAUUUGAGUUUUAUAUUUCGGACUGCUUUAAGUCCUUUUAAAACAAUUGCUCUUCUGUGUCUUUGUUCACUAAGGUUUUAGCUUGAUGAAGUCGACGAAGUCUUUGCUUCUACUAUCAUACAGCUUUGUUGGUCCCUCCAAGGGUUUCUGCAUUAAGAGACUGUAUGAUACACAAGUUUAUGUGUCUGCUAUUUAAAAUUAUGUCCCAAGUGCUGACAGUUCCAAGUUUGUCCUCCGUGUUGAAGUGGCUCUUCACUCAUCAUGUCCUGGGGACUUUGAACUGCAUCAUCUAAGGGAACAAACUCCUCUGGGAAUCUACUGUAUCCUUUGCUGAUUCGAGAGGCUAUUUUUCUUCAAGCGGCUCAGCCAUCCAAGCCUCACUGGAGCCUUGGUUUGUUCAUAUCUAAAGGAACAAAUUUCAACUGAGAAUCUACUGUGUCCUUGUUUGAUUGGAGAGGAUAUGAACAAACCAAUGGCAACUGAGAAUCCACUGCUCGAAUUGGCAAUUUUGUUCAUAUCUUCAAGGUGCUCAGCAAUCCAUGGCUCCCUUCAGCCUUGCUUGCUUCUUGGUUUUAUAGCCUCUGUUUCAUUCGAAAAGGAUACCGAUACUCCACCCGUUGCAGGUAAAUCGUUUGUGGGAUUGUGGUACUCAGUUUAUCUACGUAGUUAUGUCAUAUCGUCUGCCGACAGUAGUGAUGUGCGGGGAAGAUGAUGAUGCUAUGCACCUUGGUCUUUAGGUGGACUUCUCUCGUCUCUGAAAGUUGAUGAUUGAGUGGUUAACCUUGUGCUAUUUGGUACAUGCCUUGACCUGAUUGUAGUGUAGGAAUUUCCGGAUUGUAAGAUGUCGGCUUCCAUUUUUCCGAGGUUUCUGUGGAUCUGUAGAUCAAGACAGUUUGAUUAGUGUCAGCAGUUGAUGCACUCAUUCGGUUUCGCCUUCGGUGUCACCUUGCACUAGUAUUCUCGGCAACCUCUGUAAUCUAUUUCAUUACCUUUACUUUUGCUUCACCUUUUUCAUAUUACACCCAUUGUCCACGGGCAUAACAUUACCAGGCCGCAGCGAAUUGCAAUGUUGAUACCAAUGUUCAUUUUAUCAGGAGUAGGCACUAAAUCCAACUUAGGUAUCUGCUCACAUCCUUCGCUUCACGAAACCGAUAUUGAAGCUCCUGUAUCACUGAUUCAACCUAUCCUGCUCGCAGCAAACCUCCCCCUUCCUGUUCGCGACAUCUGAAGCUAACCACGCCGUAAAAUGAUGGGGUAGAGUGGAAAAAGGACCUAGUUUUCACCGUGUUGAGAUAUUGUCCAACUGCAGCUGCUCAACCCAUCAAUUAUCGAGAGAAUUAGAAGGGGGAAGAUUUCAUGUUUGGUUUCCAGUUAUCAGAAUGGACUUUGGAUUCUCAUUUUUAGCUUCUUCAAUGAGCAGCAAGGAAGAUGGGACGGCAGUGACCAAGUUCCACGGGAACAGUCCAAAUCCAUUAAAAGAGAGUUUUGACGACAGACGCUAUGUGAACUGCCCAAGAGAAAUGUAAAAAACAAAAGUCGAGGACUUGCUCUGUGAAUGACACCCUCAUUCAUCCAAAACCUUGUCAAAGAAAAGCUCUGUUGUUACAGCUUUACUGGUUAAAUCACACACCGACGAUCAAAUCGGUAAAAUUCUACCCAAUCAUUCACAGGAAAUUUGUAAUGUGAUUAACCAUCUUCUUGUCCCAUAUCGUUUAUAAGAAACAAACCAAACAGUUGCAUAUGAAGUCAUUAAUGGCUGGCCAAACAGUUGGAGGCCUGCCUUCAAUUUUCAUUUGGUCCACCACUACCACCAAAUGCCCACAUUCGGGUGAGUGAUCCAAUGGCAUCCAUCCUCACACACACACACACACACACGAUGGGAAGUCGGCCAAAUAGUACUACUUAAUUUCGUCGAAUAUUGUGUUUCCGUACUUGGAUAUCACAUAUAUGGUUUUGUGGUCGAACAAAGGCAUUUGUAGAAUGUAGAAAAGUGUUUCCUAGUCUCGUAUUAAAAAAAAUGGGUGACG